AUGUCUGACAGCUCUGGCGGACUGUAUGCAACAGGUCACGAAGACUUUCAUGCGACGCGGGAAUCGGACCCACGUACCUGGGGCGGCCAUGGCCAUGCAGUACAUACUUGGAGCAUGCUUUUUGCCUCUCUAGCUUCAACCCACGAACCAAACGCCAACUGUGCGUGCGGCCUAGACUCACCCCCUCUGCCGGCCCCAGACGCCCCAGUCUCAGCUCUCUAUGGCAGCUCGACUCGACGGCAUCCCGCCAGAGCUGUCCGGGGGCCAGUGUCCAGUGUCCAGUGUCCAGGUUUCAUCCGCGCUUGA